AUGGCAAUUUGGAAACGGUUGAAGGCGCCGUAUACGGGACAAUUCGACCCCACACAUAGAUUCGAAACAUCUUGGAUCCUCCCUCCUGGCGUCCUGUUUGGAAUUCGCGCGCUGCUGUCACUAUACGCAUUCGUCACGUUGUUCACCAUCUUUGGCUGGAACGGCACCCAUGGCAGAGCAGAGGACUCGCAGCGAUCGUUCUCGUACUUCACCCACCUGACGUAUUGGGGUCUAGCUUUCUACUACGCAUUCAGCGCCGCGCAUACUGGCAGCUAUUGGCUCACCGGGACACCGUUUCUUGCACGAUGGCCGAAAUGGCUCCAGGUAGCUCAUAGCAUAUUCUACUCCACUGUCGUCAUCUACCCGUGGAUCGUUACAGCUGUUUACUGGGGUAUCCUCGCCGCUGAUGGAUUCCCGACAACCUUCUCACUCUGGUCCAACACAUCUCAACACGCGCUCAAUUCAGCAUACGCAUUCUUCGAGAUCUUUUUCCCACGAACUGAACCAAUUCCUUUUCUCAGCCUCAUCCCAGUCAUCAUUCUGCUUGCCUUGUAUCUUGCUCUGGCUUACGUUACAUUUUACACGCAAGGCUUUUACACCUACGGCUUUCUCGACCUGCGCAACAACUCUUCAGGUGUGGUGGCUGCCUACAUCAUUGGCAUCCUUGUGGCAGCUAUUGUCAUUUUUCUUAUCGUCAGGUAUCUCAUUUGGUUACGUGUCUGGGUGACAGAGAAAAAGAUGGGCAAGACUGGGAAGUUCUCCAGUCGUGGUACCGUCAGAAUAACAGACAAGGAGGCCGAAAAGGGGCUACCCAUGCACGACGUUAGCGCGAUGUAG